AUGAGCGGCCCGAUUAAAUAACAAUAAAUAGAAAGUGAAACGGGGAUUUGUUCAGUCGUUUUACAGGUCACUUCAAUUUAACCUUGCAAAAAUGUCUGUAUGUGACAUCUGCUGUGAAGAACUUGCAUCUGAAGCAGACUUGAAAACCCACCUCCUCCUUAGUCACCUGGAGAAUGAGAUGAGCUGUCCGUUCUGCUCACUGUCUGGGAUCUCGUACGAUGAGCUGAGCUUCCACAUCAACAUUGCACAUAUGGAGAAAGACUGUCAGAACAUACAUGCGACAGUGGUAGCCAGUGGACAGAAAAAUUCAACUGGCAGGACUGCUCAAAGCUGCAGAAAUUAUACAAGGGCUUCGAGUGUGACCACAAAUUCUAAGAAAACUUGUGUGCAAAAGGUUUCUCAAGCCACACCUCCAUCACCUGGCCACCCUGGACCUUCUCAAGUUAACUGGAUCUCCACUCCGAUAACAGGGACAACUCUUUCUCAGGGAACCUCGUCACAUCUGGAGAGUUCACCACCUUCAGCGGCCCCAGCGGGUGGUGCAGUAAAGCCGGUCAGAACUACACAAAUACCAAGUAACUGCAAUGAGGAAAGCUGGGAGAGAGAAGGGCACCGAAAAUCAAAGCAGAAACGUUUGUCCUCACCAAAUAAAGAGGGGACGUUUCCAUGUCCGAUGUGCAGUCUUGUUUGCAGUGACUGCUUUAUUCUGCAGGAGCAUGUUGAGCUGCAUCUACAGGACCAAGACAUGGCUGAAGGAGGAUCAACAGAAGCAUGUUCUACAGGCAACAGUGGGUCAAGGUUGAUGCAAUAUGAGUGUCCACUGUGUUCUCUGAGCUGCUCUGACAGCAGAUCACUUCAGGAGCAUGUUGAUUUACACCUGGAACACUGCUCAGCCUCAUCAACCGAAACUUCACCUGGAGACCUGACUCUUGCCAGGAAGCUUCAAGAAGAAGAGGAGCAGAAGUGGAGGGAAGAGGAGACCAGACGGGAAGCUGAAGACUUUAAGAAGCUCCAGAGGCAGUUUGGGCUUGAUAACAGUGGUGGUUAUCGCAAGCAAAUGGAGAGGAAUAUGGAGAGGGCAGUGUCUCGAGGUCAGAUACUUCCUGCAGAGUUCCAUAGGAAAAGGGCGGAAAUGCUUGAAUCUCUGGCCUCGGGGGUGGAUGAUGGCAGAAGCAAAACAUCAGGCCUUAUAGAAGCUCUGUUUAAGUACUACCAGAGAGAAGCUUCUGACUGUGCUCAUGUGUGGCUCUGUGCUGAGACUGAUCACUACUCCUCUUCAGAGGGAGACAAAGGUUGGGGAUGUGGCUACAGAAAUUUCCAGAUGCUUCUUUCAUCACUACACAGGAUGGAGCAGUAUAAUGUUUUACCUGUGUCAGUUCCUAGUAUUCCAAGGGUACAGGCCACAAUCGAGGAGGCAUGGGGCCAAGGUUUAGAUCCUCAGGGUGCUUCACAUUUUAACCAUCGGCUGCAGGGGACACGGGCUUGGAUUGGAGCUACAGAAAUCUAUGCAGUUCUCACCUCCCUUAGUGUGAAAGCCCAAAUUGUGGAUUUUCACAAGCCAACUGGCCCUGGAGACACACACCCCAGUCUUUUUGAGUGGGUGAAACAAUAUUUUUCCCGUUCUGCCAGUAGGGGUGCAAGACUCCCACCCAGAGUAGUGCAGACAACAUUGCCACCUAUAUAUCUUCAGCAUCAAGGUCACAGCCGCUCCAUUGUAGGGGUGGAACAGAAAGUGAAUGGAAACCUGUGCCUGCUCCUCUUUGAUCCGGGGUUAUCACCUGUGGAAAUUAGGAGAGCGUUGUCACAGGAUACAGCAGCUUCCAUGGUACGCCGCAUGCGCAAGUUCCCCAGUGCCCUAAAACGCAGACAGUUUCAAGUGGUUGCUGUGAAGGGUGUGCUAACACCUGAGGAGAAACAGAUCCGCAUUCUUAAUUCAAGAACACUGUGUGCUGAGAAAAUUCCUUGAUGCCAUCUGCUGCAGAUCAGCUGACUACAUGUAACCAUCAGUUUUAUCAAUUAGUUUCUGAUACUUGUAUCUGCUUGUCCCUUGAAACAAACUGUAAAACACUGUUUUUGUUUGUUUUUAUGUUCAUACAAAUAAUAAAUGUAGAAUUUU